AUCAGGGGCGGACUAACCAUUUGGAAACUCGGGCACUGCCCGAGGGCCCGGGGUCAGUAGGGGGCCCCAUGAGAUGCCCCUGGUACCUUUUUCAUAGGCUUUUUUGAGUUUGGGCAAGGACACAGGGGCCCCAUGAUCCCCUAUUGCCCGGGGGCCCCAUGAGUUGUCAGUCCGCCCCUGCAUCUCAUCAUAAGGUACAAAUAAAAGUCCAAUGGGAUGUCACUCAAAUCAGAAAUUACUGUGUUUUUCUGCUUCCUUGUAACAUCCUCCAUGAACUCCCAAACCUCUCCUUUUCCCUCUCACUUCCUUUUGUU